UCAUGGUAAGAGGUUCGAAGAAAGCGUUUAGACGCGCAGCAUUAAUAACACACAAGAGAAGAAGAAAGCUGAAGGCAUAAGAAAUAGAAAAUUUAUUGAUUGUGAAUAUUUCUGCGUCAAAUUAAUUGAAAGAAAAUUUAAUCGUAAUUUAUCUGUUAUAAUUAUUAUUAAUUAAUUAUAAUUUUAGUGAUAAAGUAAUUAUAUUAUCAAUAAAGUGUUUUAAUUUAAUUAAGUGUAAAAAAAGUACAACGAGUGAAGCUAUAAUACCACAAAAGCAAAAGAGCAAUAAAACGUUGAAAUAAUUUUCAAUAAAAAUUUUCAACGUUUUAGUACAAAAUCAACAAUAGCAAUAGCAAACGAGUUCAACAAGGCGUCCAUAAUAGAAAAAUCAGUUUAAAGUGAAUAAAAAAGAAACUAUAUAAAGAAAAAAAAUUAGUGACGUCGCUUAAAAUAUUUCAAAAUAUUUUCAACAUCCUAAAAAACAAAUAUUGAAAUUUUUUGUGCUAUAAGAAAUUUUACAAAACUUGUGGGAUUAAAGUAGUUCAGUUCAGAAAAAGAGAGACGAAAGAGUGCAGCCUUGUGAUUUAUAUUAAAAUAUAAUUAAACAAUUAACAAAAAACAGAAAAAAUUUCCCCAUUAUAAAAAAAAAUAAAAUUAUCGCUCCUCGUCAACUUCUUCAUAGUUUGCGUGUGUGUUGGUGCCUGAUUGUAAUUUGUGUAAAUAUACGAAAAAAUUCCCAUCUACAUAUGUCGACGGUGAAUAUUUUCUCGUUAACACAAAAAAGCAAUAAAAAAAGCAAAACACUUUAAAAACAUCAUCAUCUACUUCACAAAACAAUAAAAAUAAAACAGUUUCCUACUCUGGGAAUUAUUACAAUUGCUGGAUGUACGAAAGGAGAAUUGUGACAUAAAAACAACAACAAUACUGUGAAGCAGUUGCAGGGCUUAAAAAUUAAAAAGACCAUAAUUGUAAAUACACCAAAAAUCACAAGAGGAAUCACAAGAGAAGAAAAGAACCAGCGGAGAAUAAAAUAAGUAAGCGAAUAAAAAAUUAGCUGAACAGCUUUUAAGAAAAGAUAAAUCAACAGACUGAUUAACAAUAUAAAAAUUAAAUUGUAUUUAAUUAAAAAGUUAUAUAUAUGUAUAUUGUAAUACAUAAUAUAAACAAAAUAUAAUUAUAUAUAAUUGUAAAUAAGAAAGUCUAUAUCAGGAGAGAGAAGAGUAGUAAAUAUUUUUAUUUAAUACAAAAAGAACAACAACAAGAAGAAGGAAAGGAGUGCUGUAAAGAAAAGCAAAGCAAAGUAAAGGAAAAAGUUCAGGUGUAAGGGAGAGAGAAGUGUGUGCGUGCUAAAAAAGAAGGUGUAAAUCCAAACAAAUUAGACGUAGCCGCCAUAUUUUUCUGUCAUUCUGUCGAAUUGAAGGAGAAUCGAAUUAGCAACAGAAAGAAGAAAGAAUAGAGAGUAAACAAUCCCCAAAAUUAAUUUUAAACAAAACGUUGAUUUUAUUGUGUGAUAUUUAAAAACUAAGGUAUAAUUUAAAUUUAAAAUAUAACAAAUAAGUAUAAAUACGCAGAAAUAAGAACGAGCAAAGUGAAGAUAAAAGCGGAAGUGUAGAAGUGAAGAGCAGUAUAGUAUAUUGUUUCAGCUGUAAUAUUAAACUUUUACUAUGACUUACUCGCACAAAAGCGUUGGUAAUCAUAUAAUGACACCCGCUACAAUAGCAACAACUACAGCACGUACGAAAAAUGUUUCGAAUGGCGGCAGCGGUGGUGGCGAUUAUAAGAAUCGCACCUUAUCUCCAACAACACCACCACCAAUAUGUGCACAUUCCAACAGUAUUGCCAGCAGUACAAAUCAUAGUCAUCACGUCCUAAGUACAUCACCCCCAGGCUUUAUGUCUUCGGGCGCAUCCGUUUCAUCAAACUGUAGUAGCAGUUCUAAUACAUCAUCUCUCGGUUCCAAUGGUAAUGGUAGUGGCGGUGGUUUUUAUGCAACACGUUGCCGUAUACGCAACAAUGGUCAACAUCCACCACAACGCCAAUCUCCACAACAAUUGUUUAGUGCAGGUGCUGGUAGUUAUAAUAAUAAGUAUAACUAUCAACAACGGCAAUCUAGUGGCGGUAUUCUUAUUAGCGGUAGCGCUCAAAAACACCCACGUGACGUGUCUAAGUCACCAAGCUCUCAGACACGACGUCAAUCGCCCGCUGUGAUUUUAGGUAGCGGUGCUAGUAUAAUAUGCAGCAGUGGUGGCGGUUCUGGACGUAAAUACCGUGCUAAAUUAACAACCACUAACCAAAAUCCGCUAACUAGUGCUGCAAGCGGAGGUAAGAUCUCACCCACCCAUCCACUCAUACCCACCGCUUUAACGCAUUUCGCUGGCAGCAAAUGUUUUGAUGCGCCAUCACCAACUGCGCUACCAAAGCCACCGCAGCACUGGACGCUGAUCGAGGCAAAAAUCGGAGAGAAGGUCAACAGCUGCGCUGGUCCUGGCCUACAUAGUGUGACCAAUGCACGUAAACCAACUAUGCAUGCAGUAGAUGCGCAUACAUACGGUGGCCAUGUGGUGAAAACCUCAAAAAGGAAUCUACUCGACGACUUCGAUACGCACAAUUUGAAAUUGUUGCUCAAUGUGCAUUCGUAACCGCCAUGUCGAUCGAUACAUACAUCAUGUCAUAUCUGUCACGUCACGUCACGUCACGUCACAUACAUUUGCAACACUAAUACAACAACAACAUCAAACAAUAAUUUUUUUUUUUAACUUCGAACAUGAAAUUUAUAAAUUGAAAUAAAAAAUACAAAAGAAUAAUGAUA